AUGGCAGAUCAUUUAUUCUUUCCUGGCGCCCCUCCGAGGGCCCUUCGGAUUGAGUAUGUCGGCGAGCUAUACGACGGAAGCGACUGGGAUACGUUUCCCUCUCGCUGUGGCUGGCUCGAUGAGCCUGGAUCAGAGGACUUCCUUUCACGAUAUAUUCCGUACGUGAAACUACCCGAAGAGUUCGAGUACUUGUUUGAAUACACGUCCAAGAUGGGGUGCUGGCUCUACUUUGGCAUGCUACACUAUGUCUUCGGUGACCAGCUGAAUCAGUCCGAGUUUAUUAUCGUCUGCGAGGAGAGUGACGGCCCACGGCAGUACAUCACGACAAGAUAUCUGCACAAAUAUAUUGAAGAUGCUGACGACUGGAAGAACAACAACCGCGGAGCACGAACUGUCGAGAUUGUCAACAAAGUCCUCGAAGCUCUUCCUGGCUACUUCCGUUUCAUAGGGGACGGGAUGUGGUUGGCCAUUCGUCUGGCCAGCCUUGCCCUCUGGAAUGUUGCGGUCAAGCGAGAUGGCCCUCAGCCCAACCCUCGAUUGUUGGGAGCGUGGUCCCUCACCAGCGAAGACUUGGAGAAACUGCCAUUGUUCAAGGGAUGGUGUCCCCUGGAUGCGAUGAAGUGUUGCAAAGCUGGCAUCUACCUAGAUACCCAAGUUUACCUGCUGCAAUUGCGUCGUACCAAGCCCAGCUGGAACAACAGAACGCAUGAUUCUUGUGAUAAGGCGCAAUGCGUGGCGGACAAUAUAGAUGAAAGCAACUAUGUUACUCGCCAUGUGCAAGAAGAUUGCAACUGCUCGCAUAUCCACGCAGAUGUUGAACCGCUACAUAAAAUUCUCCUUGACGGAGGAAUCCCUCUUGUGAUGAUCACCUUGUCUGGUGAGGAUGAACUUGGGAACCAGCAGUAUAAGCUCGAGGUCGUCAAGAAGCGCACGAACAGGCCAUACGUAGCCAUCUCUCAUGUAUGGGCCGAUGGACUAGGCAACCCUCAGGGCAAUUCUCUCCCACACUGCCAGUUGGAGUUUCUCUACAGACGGGCCCAGCGCCUGCUGUCUGACAAGGAAUAUAUUCCUGGCUAUGAGGACAAAGUAUAUGGACCGCUACAUUCUGGGGCUGCUCGAUUUGGCCACUUCGCAGCCAAGGCGGUUCGACGCGACAAUUCUGUGUUGCUGUGGAUUGAUACAUUGUGCAUCCCACACCGAAAUGAUGUUCGUGGUCUGGCAAUUCAACGCAUUCGCGAUGUUUAUACCGGUGCUUCUCGGAACAUGAUUAUCGACUCGGAGAUGAUGCUGCUCGACUCGAAAUUGUGCAGUAAAAUGGAAGUCUGUCUGAGAGUUCUAUACUGCUCAAACUGGAUUCGCCGGUUAUGGACGCUCCAAGAAGGACUGGCCGCGCAGGAAAAGCUCUUCGUGCUUUUAUCUGACAAGGCAAUAAACAUCGGCACAAUCCCCUACAUGCUCUUGAAACAGGUCGACCAAGGAGAAAUCCCCAUCUUCCAAGAGGGAAUCGCUACCAUGGCCGCAGUGGCUUGGUAUUCGUACUUUGACGAACCCACUGACUAUGCCUCGACAUUCUAUCGCAAUGUCAUCCACCGAGGUGCAAUGGACCAGGGUAAGAUAAUUGCCUGGAACUGGUUCAACGUGGCCACACGAGCCAGCAGUAAAGACCGUGAUCGUCCGACCGUCCUAGCAGGUCUGCUGAAUCUCGAUGUCGGCAAGAUCCUAAAGAUCAAGGAGGCCGAUGACCGAAUGCGGCAGAUAUACAGCAUGCUGGAUGAGUUUCCCCAGGCUGUGCUUUUUCUCGAAGGCGCACGAUUCCAAGAAUAUGGACUGGGAUGGGCAAUGAAAGUAUGUCGAUUUACAGGCGAAUUCAAUGUUCUUGCUGGUGAUUCUGGGAAUAUCACGCCCCGCGGCCUCUGCAUCACACAGUAUCCUUCGCUAAUAGCGCUUUCAUCGGACCUGUUUGAUCUGGGCCUGGCAAAAUCAAAACGAUCGCAGCCUGACCAAAGCCAGAUGGACUGGAAGAAGUGGCUUGAUGAUUCCAAACCCUUUCCUGAUCCUGACUUUGAUGACCCAGACCCAGACAGUCUAGCGGCAGAGCCAGACGAGGCGGAAAUGUCAUUUCUGCACUUGAAAGGGACCGUUCCAGUUAACCUGAGCCAAGGCGAGGCGUAUGGAAUUAUCCUAAGGGCCGCCCUUCCUGGUCAAGUAUAUACUCAAUGUGCAUUGGUGGCAAUACAGACAAAUGAAGAUGGGGUCCAUUAUGGCCGAUACAUUAGCACGGGAAAUAUGAGUUCUGCUACAUUUGAUAGGAACCUGCAUGUUGUGGAACUGCCUGAUGACGGUUACCUUUUGGCCGGCACUUGGAGUGAUGCACAGAAAUAUGAAUGGGUUGUUGGUUAA